CGUCCUCAGCCUCACCCCCUUUCUGGCUGCUCCCGCCGGUCCAAGCUCCGAGCCCGGAAGUGGAUAUUGCGGCUCGGCUGAGAGGACGAGGGGGAGGGGGAAGUGCUUCCGGGGAAACGGGUCCCGGGUUGGUGUUUGUAAACUUGCCUCGGUCCCGGCAGGGCAGCGGCGGCUACGGGGCUGGCACGGUGUGCUAGGGCCUGGAGGAGGCGCCGCGCGGUCGCGAAGACCGCGGGAGGCCGCGCCUGGCAGGUUUCUGAAACAGAUCGUGAACUUCAACGAGAGGAUUCAGUUGGAAAACCAAGACUGGCAGACUUCUUCAGAUCAUAGGCAGGAGCCAAGCCGAGUCCAGGGAUUCUUGGAACAUCUAUCUUCCCUUUGGAGGACACUAAGUUCUGUUUGAAGACAAAGGCAGUUCAAUAUGGCAGCAGGACUGAAAGGACACGAAGGAGUUGUUACAGUGAUUUGGUGACAGUUCUUCAAACAACAGUGUCUUAGGAGAGGUGGAUCAAGAAACUCCUGAACUUUUGGGUUGCAUUAAGUGAGAAAUCAGCAUGGCUCAGGUAAAAAGCUAUAGAAUCCUCCUCCUUCAAGAUCACUGGGAAGCGUGUUUGCAGUUUCACUCUUGAAUGCUGCCUUAGUCAACAUAUUGACCAACCCAGUGAGCCAAGCUCUGUAUUAAACACCAGGGGGAGAUCUAGAGGAAGGAAAGGAGACAGGCCACAGCCCCUGCCUUCAGGGAGCUUCCAGUCAAAUGAAGGAGGCAAGUCUCCUGGCUUGUGAAGGCCUAGCAGGUGUGAGUUUGGUUCCCACUGCAGCCAGCAAGAAGAUGAUGCUGAGCCAGAUUGCCAGCAAGCAGGCCGAGAAUGGAGAGCGGGCAGGUAGCCCUGAUGUGCUGAGGUGCUCAAGUCAGGGCCACCGAAAAGACAGCGAUAAGUCCCGGAGUCGCAAAGAUGAUGACAGCUUGGCUGAGGCUUCUCAUUCAAAGAAGACUGUUAAAAAGGUGGUGGUAGUGGAACAAAAUGGUUCUUUUCAAGUAAAGAUUCCCAAAAAUUUUAUUUGCGAACACUGCUUUGGAGCCUUUAGGAGCAGUUACCACCUCAAGAGGCACAUCCUUAUUCAUACUGGUGAGAAACCAUUUGAGUGUGAUAUAUGUGAUAUGCGCUUCAUCCAGAAGUACCACCUGGAGCGUCACAAGCGUGUGCACAGUGGUGAAAAGCCCUACCAGUGUGAACGGUGUCAUCAGUGUUUUUCUCGGACAGAUCGAUUACUCAGACACAAACGGAUGUGCCAAGGGUGCCAGUCCAAGACUUCCGACGGGCAGUUUUCUCUAUAGGCGCAAGGGGCCCUGGGUGGUGGGAGUGAUCAGAAGAAUUUACCGAAGAGCGCACCCCCUCUGGUCUGAUGGUCCCACCACCACCCCGUCUGUACCUGUCCCCCUCCUGGAGGAGUUGACCCAGGAGACCAGAAGAGUGCAUCAGGGGACAGCGGCCUCAGAGCUUCAGCUCUGUAAAUAAUCUGAGACUAUGAGUAUCUCGGGGAAGUUCCUACAGCAUUCCUGGGUAGGGAAGCUAGUCCCUGGACCCUUGGCUGAGGUUAUAGGUGGGGACUGAAGGUACAGGACCAAGACUGGUGUGGCUCCCACAACCUUGGACUCCAGCUGGCACCUAAAAUGGAAAGGUUUGGGGAGAGGGAUUUGUUUGUUUGUUCUGUUCUUGUUUUUGUUUAUCCAAAAGCAAUUUUAGCAGCAACACUGUGGAUACAGGUAACAUGGAGGCAUAGAGCCCUGGUCAAAGCAGGGACUAUGGCUGGUCCAGCCCUCCCCAAAAUUGAGUUUUUAGUUGCAGUUGAUCCCUCAGUGUUCCACAGCCCUGCAUCUCACCUUCUGUUUGAAGGAGAGUAGGAUCAGGGAUGGCAGCUGAGUUCACCUUGGUCUCCUUAUACACUGUAAGGACAGAAGGAAGAAUGGCGGGAGGAGCAGAUAAGGGCUGGGUCCAACUAGAGUGGGCAGGUACCUCUUUCUUCCUCCAGGGAAGAGCAAGAGCUGUGCCCACAGCUGUUGCAUUGGCCCAGGCCACCCUGGUACCUGAUGGAGUCAGCUCAAGUGCCUUGUGGAGGGAACUUGGGUGAGAGCGGCCCACAGAGCCCUUCCAUGCCCUCUUUGGGCACUCGAUCUUGGAGAUAGUGUGUGGCUACCUCGCUGCCGUUGACUCCUGAGCCAGACAGAGGUGUUCAGCAGGUAGUCACGGAUAUCAAAGGGGGCUAUCUCUCCUUGUGCCCUCUUGGAACAACCUGAAACUAGUCCCAAGUUCAGCAACAACUGUUCAAGAAACAGAGGAGUUUGGUGUCCCCUGACAUGACGGUUGAGCAGUGUGAGCUGCUCUCCCUGCCCAAGUCCUAUCACUGUAUUCAGGGAGAGGAGAUAGGGGUGUGGCCUUUGGUCCCAAAGAAUAAGAUCUUCGUUUCCUUCUUAAUGGCCAUCCCUACCCAACAAAGAAUUGGGGGUGGGAGGUGCUGCAGAGAAAGGACUGAGGAAGAAAUCUAUUGUAGGUUUUAUUCUUAAUCAUAUUCUUUGCUCUUCUCUGCCCCAACACCACCACCCUACCCACCCUCAAAAAAGUGAUCAGGGGUGUGUGUGUGCGUGUGAAUGUGUUCAUUCAAAUGUGUGCUUGUGUUUGUAUGCUUGGAGAUGGCAUAUUAUUGAGCCAAACCCUUCUCUGGCCCUCAACUCAGGGGAGGAUGAGCAUGAAACAGCCCCCAUCACCACCACCAAAUCUGAGGGUGCUUGAGGUCCCAGCAGGAGCUGAGGAACUUGAUUUAGGGGAGUGAAGGGCUUUGUUUUGGAGGGUUGUUUUUUUUUUUUUAAUUGAUUCAACAGGCUGGUUAGGGUGUUUAAUCCAAGCCAUAGCUUGUAAACAUGAACUUUUUAAAGUGAAAUAAAAAACCCUCUUUCUACUAUGGAAGGUCCUGGGGUUUGGUUGGCCCCCACUGUGGCCUGCCCUGACCUAUAGAGGGGAGUAAUCAUGGAAUAAUCAUGGAGGCUUGGUGAACCUGACCACGCUGUCAGUGGGGCUCUAAGAUGGCAACUCCAGACAGUGUGACUUCAUUUCCUAGAAAAUGUAGGGAACAGCAGCAGAAAGCUCCUGGCUGUUACCUGAGGUGUGGGGAGGGGCUCUAUACCUCGAAAUGUGAGGAUUUCAGGGAAAGAGAAAGGUAUGGCACCCUUCAGAUUUUCCCUGACAGCGCCUGAGAUCCUUUGGAAGAGACACUGGGGAAUGUGUUUGCCGCCUGUGCUCUUCUAGCUUUACGCUGGCACUUGCAUUUGAUACCGUCCAGAACCUAGGGUUCAGUCCUUGAAGCUGCCAUGUGGUCCCCUCAAGCUGGGUAUCUUCCCGUAUGUAAGUGAGCCCCUUUCCUGUUAGAGGGCUCUUCUGGGGCCGGAAUUUAUCACUCACCUCUGGGAGUAGAUUCUUGGAAGGAGGCAACAUUUAAAAAACUUCUCCCAGGAGCACUUUUGAAAACAGGAGGCUUCAUUCCCUGCCAGUUGCAGCUAAUCUGUUUAGGGGUGGAGUGUGUGUGGAGAGAAUCCCUUGAGUGACCUCUCCCCUACAUGUGUGGAUGUGUGCUUAGGUCCCAGUGUGCCAUGGCCCCCCACAGCUCCAGUCUCCUGCCAGGGUGGGUGAGAGAGAGGGAGUUUGUGCACAGGUGUGUAAAGAGCCAUACCAGAAGCACCCCUGCCAAGGACUGGGUGUGGGGGCAACUCAGGAGCAGGUGGGAGGUUUAGGUGUCCAGGUUCUGGGGCCAAGGAUGUGUGAGGAGAGAGGAGCAAAGAGGAGAAAGGAGUGAUUUAGCCUCCCAGAGGGCCCGGAAGCCCCACUUACACCCCAGGGAAAGCACAGACAAAGAGCGCUGCAGGGGCUCCUGGGCCCAAGGCCCCAGCCCUCCUCAGCUAGUGGGGUCUAGCACUGGACAGAUGCCUCAGGUGCGUUUGGAGUGAAGGGAAAGGGAGCUAGGGCAGGCUCUCAGAGACCAGGACAUGGAAUUUGGGGACCUGGGAAAGAGUAGUACCAGUUCUGGGGGGGGGGGCUUGUACUGGGCCCUACCAGCCCUGCCCUUCCCUGCACCCCAACUCUUCUCCGUCCAACAGCCUCUUUCAUCACUUAGCUACUGAUUGUGCCCUAUGGCUUGACAUUGGAGGGUUAAAUGAGAUGUGGGGUCCCACCACACUGCUAACCCUCUCCCCAGACGCUCUUUGCCUCUGCUGCAGUCCUGAGGCUUUUAUCUUAACAAUCCCUCCCAACUCUUCCUCUCUGCCCUCUCCCUCCCUCCCUCCCUCUCUCUCUCUCUUUUUUUUUAAUAUACUUAUUUUGCUAUUGGGGGAGGGGAAUAUCAAAUGAACAAGAUCACUUUUAAAUGGUAGUUUUUAUAAGAUGUUAUAAACUUGUAUCUUUUUACCAUUAAAGUGCAGUGUAUGUUCCUUCGUGAUAUAUUUAGGAUAUUUAAAUAAAAAGAAAAUGGGGCUUUUCUA